AUGACGGACGAGGAAUUCAGGCGACAAUUCCGACUCGCGAAAGAGACAGUGCUCCGCCUGUGCGAGGAACUUGAUUUGCAGCAGUCCGUGGCCAGCGAGGAAACUGUCGCCCUGUCCCAGCCCUCAGUUAGCCGCAUACUUUUUUCCGUUGCUGAAGCCAUAGCAACGGUCGGCAAAGCAAAGGGAUGGGUCAAGUUUCCGACGGCCACAGAAAAGGUGGUGGUCAAGCAACGCUUCCUUGAACGUGGCAAGCUCCCUGGGGUCGUCGGCUGUGUUGACGGAACACUAAUUGCCAUCGUCCGGCCACGAAAAAUGAGCCCCGCGGAAACCGAGGCGUACUGGAGCCGCAAGGGAUUUUACGCCUUGAAUUGCAUGGUGGUGUGUGAUGCGAACCUCAGGAUCAUGGCCAUAGACCCUCGCAUGCCAGGAUCAUGCCACGAUUCCUUCGUCUGGAGGCACUCAGCAUUGCGCCGCCGCCUGACGUGUGGCCUCCUGAAUGACGAGGAGUUCUUGCUUGGAGAUUCGGGGUACCCUCUGGAGCCCUGGCUACUCGCUCCUGUGCCCGGACACCCGACACGGCUGACAGCAGAGGGGCGCUACAAUGAAGCACACGCCGUCGUCAGGAAUGCGGCUGAAAGAUGCAUAGGCAUCCUAAAAAGCCGUUUCCGGUGCCUGCAGAGCUACCGUACGCUGCACUACUCACCCCGCAAAGCAGCCACCAUUGUGACGGCGUGUGCUGCGCUUCACAACCUCUGUCUCCAGGCAGAGGAUCCGCUGCCAGAUGAUCCUGAAGAUGAUGACACAAGCUGUACGAGUGAUGCAGCAACAAGACAAGUGCAGCCACCACAGGCCCCAUCGCUGCCCUUGGCACAAUUGGAUGAAGACGCGUAUGUGUCCCCGGACAUCUAA